AGGCAUGCAUGCUUCUUACAAGUUCCAGCCAACAGCAAUACAAUAAGCCAAAGAGUUCAUCACUCCCAGUUGGCUCUCCUGUAUGCACUAUGUUGGUUGGGGGCUGUCAGUCUGGGCUGCUGGGGAACAUAUGGUUACCUCCGGCAGUCUCCAGCACCUGUAUGAGACUCACAGGCAUCUGACUGCAAGAACCCUUGAAUGGUCUCUGGCAUGAAAUAAAAUGGGAACCAAUCUUCUCUCAUGGACCUUUCCACUUCACUAGGAUUAUAGGAUUUCCAUAGAAUGCUAGGUUCAACAUCAGGAUGAACAUCUGUCACUAUGAUAAGCGCAUGGACUUUUUCUACAAUCGCAGCAAUUCUCAGACAGAGAAUGACUGGACGGGGACAAAACUGAUCAUUGUACUGUGCUUUGGAGCAUGCUGUUGCCUCUUUAUUUUUGUUUCCAACUUGCUGGUUAUAGCAGCAGUGAUUAUAAACAAGAGAUUCCACUACCCAUUCUAUUACCUGCUCGCUAACUUGGCAGCAGCAGACUUUUUUGCUGGGAUUGCCUAUGUGUUUCUAAUGUUCCAUACUGGACCAGUGUCUAAGACAUUAACUGUCAAUAGGUGGUUCCUGCGUCAGGGUCUUCUGGAUACAAGCAUGUCGGCGUCAUUGGCUAACUUGUUGGUAAUUGCAGUGGAGAGACACAUAUGCAUUGUCCGAAUGAGAAUUCACAGCAAUCUGACAAAAAGAAGAGUAACAUUUCUCAUUUUAUUAAUUUGGGCCAUUGCCAUAUUUAUGGGUGCUGUCCCCACAUUAGGAUGGAACUGUAUCUGCAAUAUAACAACUUGCUCCUCGCUAGCUCCCAUCUAUAGCAGGAGUUAUUUAACUUUUUGGACAGUCUCAAACCUGGCUGUCUUUGUAAUCAUGUUGGUGGUCUACUUGAGAAUAUAUAUGUACGUUCAGAGAAAAACCACUGUCUUGUCUCCUCAUACUACUGGCUCUAUCAACCGGAGGAGGACACCAAUAAAGUUGAUGAAGACUGUUAUGGCUGUUCUAGGUGCAUUUGUUAUAUGCUGGACACCAGGAAUGGUGGUUUUACUUCUUGAUGGCCUUAACUGUACCAAAUGUGGGGUACAGCAUGUAAAACGGUGGUUUCUCCUGCUUGCCUUGAUGAAUUCUAUCAUGAACCCUGUCAUAUACUCUUAUAAAGAUGACGAGAUGUGGCGGACUUUCAAGAAGAUGAUUUGCUGUCUGCUUUACAAAAGAAGAGGGCAUCGUCCGUCAAGAAUGUCUUCGACAGUGCAUAGUACCAGGAGCAACGAUACCACCAGUCAUUAUAUAGAGGAGGUUAACAACCACUCCCCCACUUUGAAGGACAUAUGACCUGAA